UGUCUUUCUCUCACUUGAUCUGUCUCUCUCCCUGUCUCAUUCCCGCUUGUGCUCUCUCUUUCCCGAACGAUGACACUGAGAGACAGCUGUAACGUGAGACGCCUCUCGAUCCUGGCAGGGGCUUCGAAAGCCGAGGCAGAAGGGAGGGAGAGGGCCUUUAUCUGAAACUGGGGGCGCUGACCUCCCUCAUUCCCCUUCUCUUUUUCUCCUCCUUUCUUUCCCUGUCUCUGCGUCUGUGAGCAUAUCCUAUCCUCCCCCAACCAUCAGAGGCCAGGACUCCAGUCUUUUAAAAAAAAUUGUCUCCCAGUAGCACAAACCUAAUGAAUGAAAUAUUGUGUGUUGUUGCUGUUUGCACCAUCUGGAGCUGCCCGUUACUUUUAAAGUCCUAGCAUGUCCCAAUCUUUUGUCCGAGUUAGGUGGAUACAACUUAUGUUGUCAGUGGUUCACAGAAUGUAGUGAGUGAUAUUUGAGUGACAUAUUUUUGAGGACCUAUAUGAGGACACUUUCUUGUUUGUGCGUGUGCUCAGAUGUCGAUGGAAACAUCCAAACACACCCGGGCUGUGGGCUAUGGCUGCUAAAUCCUCUGUGAGAGCUUGUGUGUAAUCCAAACACUUAGAGCUAAUUUAAGCAUGCAGGCAGGAGCAGCAUCCUUUAGGAAACAACAGCUCUCUCUUGCUUUUGCUGUCUCCAUCCUCUACUGUGUGUGUGUGUACUACAAAUGUGUUUGUGUGUGCAUGUCUUGUCGCUGGAGGGAAAUGAAAGCACUCAAUCACUCACCUGUCAGAGGACUUCAAAUUCUGUCCAUAACACACACACACACACACAUAGGGACACACACACGGACACAUAUGUGCAUACACACUUACCCCAGAGGGCUUGACAGGACUGGCCCUUUAUUGACUCCCUUGAUCAAGGAGACAGCAGAUCCAUUUAAUAGAAGCUCCACAUACACACACACACACACACACACACACACACACAGGCGUUGAAAUCAAAGUGGAUUCACAUCUGCUCUCCACUCUGCUCCGCUGUAGCAUUUUCCUCUCAUACAACAGAGCUGGUAGUCAUUUAAAACUGUGGCAAUUUGGGUGUUGAAUUCAAUUUUGAAAGCCAGUUCUAAUAGGAGUCAUGGUGUUUUCAUUGCAGGGUAUGCCAACAGUUUCCUUGUCAUAGCUGCAAUGUCAUUACACCAAGACAGCUCUUCUUCACCUCAUCUUGUGUGUGUCAUGAUACGAGCCCAGCUUGGGCUACAGGCAUGUUCAGUUGGCCUUGGCCCCUGUGCUCCCCAGUUGUCCGUGUUUUGUGCUGAGUGUUUUGGAAGGCCAGUUAGCCAAGAGGGUGCGGGGAGGAGAUGUGACAGCUGUGUUGGUCACGGCUACUCUGACCUUCACACAUCAUCUUGAUGGAUCAUCAAGGCUGUAACGAUACACUGAAGCUGUUGUGUAGGCCUGUGCUAGCCUUAUUAUCCACUGCUGAUGGUCCGGUCACACACUGUACUGAUAUCACCGUUGCAAAUGCAACUGUGGACAGUCACCAGCGAGGGCAUACGUGAAUGAGAUUUGUCUUGGGAUAACAAAAAGAAAAAGUCAGAAAAGGAAGUGUAUUGGCUAAUGCAGGCUUCUCUGUUUUGAAGAGAAGCAACUCAUCAUGGCAACACAAAAACACACAUAUACAGACAAAAAGACAGAUGCACACAGUCGAGCCUGGUAUUUCAUAUAUAUAUGCCUCUCACAAAUGGAUUGCGCUAAUGUUCUGAGCUUUUUGCCAGUCUCAAAGCGCUUUACUUUGUGUGUGUGUGUGUGUGUGUGUGUGUGUGUGUGUGUGUGUGUGUGUGGUAUAACCCGUUCCUUUGAAAUGGCACUUGUUCCAUCAAGCCAAGGAAGAAACCAUUUAGUGGAAUGACAAACACACACACAUAUAUAUAUUCAUACACACAUACACACCACCAGGAGACUGGGAGAACCUGAACUGCACUCAGGCAAACAUUUCUCACACAAGUUCUUUAUUCCUCAAUCUGCUCUUUAGUUUUCCCCCCGAACAUACACUUACAUACAAAGGUACUUUCACAGAGAUUCCAUUUUGUCAGCUUUCAGCCCCAGAUCAUGUAACAAUAAAAGAUGCUGCCCUCCAGUUAAACACUGCCAGUAAAUCACAGGGCAAAGAAAGCUGGGAGAAGCACUUAUUUUUAAGCAGCAUGAGAGACCACACUGGGGGGGAAGGGGUUGAGACAGAUAGGGUAAGACCCAGAGAGAGAGAGAGAGAGAGAGGGAGGAAGAGAGAGCUUCUUUGUGCACUGUGUACUGGCAUUGUGUGUGAUGAAGAGAUGAAUCACUGCUAUUUAGGGAUUGGUUUCCUGCAACUGAUUGUGUGACGACUCAGUGGCGGACAGACUGUCAAGACUUGCCUGUUUUGUUCUGGGGGCUUCAGGAAAAUGUCUGCGGCCAAGUCUCACUAGCUCACUCCCCACAGGGCCCGGUGUGCCAGAGAUCAACAGAGACAACAGAGACAAACACCUCACCGGUGUCGCUGUUCUAACAAGGCAUCAAAUAUUAAAAAGCAAGGGAUUUUAGGCCAAUUUCAAUAUGUGUAUUUUCAGAGUACACUUGUUUUCCAUGCUCAAAUACUAACAGAUUUUUUUCUUAAAGAAGGCUCACGUGCAACAUGACCUUUCUUUCUUUUUUUUCUUUCUUUGUUUCUUUCUGACCCUUGUAUUAACCCUGUGCAGAUGCCUGAGAGCCGUUAUAUGAAUCUUAAAGUAAAGUCAACAUCUGUGUGGCUGAGACAAGAGGUGGGGGUAGAUUAGGGAAGCCAAACAAGACAAUUCAGAGAGACAUUGUAACUGUUAGGUUGCACACUGUCCAUGUGCGAGCAUGUCUGGAGUGUAACUGCAGGUGUUACAGCAGUUAUGUCAAAGAGCUGAAGACAUCUCUAACGAUAUGGAGUCUGGAGAGCGGCUGGCCUCCCCUGCGCCCACCCUGUCUGCUGCUCGCACCUCCUCCCCUGCGGCCUCUUCCUCCUCUUCCUCCUCCUCCUCCUCCUCUUCCUCUUCAUCAUCCCCUGCUCCCCACUCAAAGAGCAGCCUGGCCCCGAGCCCCUCAGCACUGGGAUCCACCCUCAGCACCUCUGGACGUCUGUUUGGAGCAGCAGGAGAGCAGCCCUUCAUUGGCUCCACAUUGUCAAGUGCCUUCCCUCUGGUCAACCACCCAGCCUUCGGAGCCAUCUACACUGCUGGAGCAGGCAGGCCUGAGUUUGGAGGCCUGGGUUCCCUGGGCAUGUCAGCUGCUCUGGCUGCCCACCCCCAGCUAGGAGCCCUCUCGGAGUGGUGGCGAGCUGCUGAAGCCCAUGGACGAGGAGCUGCUGCCUUUCUCCCCUCUUUCAUCGGUUUCCCUCCAUUCUUCACCCCUCACAUUCAGCCCAACCACAGCCCCAGUCCAGUCCCGAUCAGGAUGCCGGGCAAGAAUAGCCAUGCCCCACCUAAAGGGGUGAAUGGGGCAGUGAAUGGCAGCGGGAUCUGUCCUCCCACCACACAAUCAGGGAGCUUCUCUGCGAGCCCGGCUCCUGUUCAGGCAUCGACCAAACCAACCAAAAAUUCAGACCCCUCCAACAGUCACCGUAGCAGUACUCAGAACAAUCCGGCAGAGUUGGUGGAAAAGCCGGUUCAGAAAACUAAAGAGAAGAAGCCACGAAAGAAGCCAGCAGACACUUGUGUGGCAAGCAACAGUGAAUCAGGCUCAUCCUCAGACAGCUCAAGCGACGGGUCCCUCAGCAGUGAUCUGGAAGAUCUGGUAGAGGAUGAUGAAGACGAUGAUGAUGACGAUGAGGAUGACGAGGAAGAGGACAAACAGAGCGAAUUAUCGGACUCUGAGAAGAGGACGAAGAAGAAAACAAAGGUUUUGAUACCCAGCACUGGAACUGCAAAGACUGACAGAUCACUUUCUUCGGAGCCCCAGGACAGCAAGGUCCCCUCCAACCCCCCAACGCUUGUGCCCUUACCCUGCUCUGUCUCCCCUCCUGCCUUGUCCCAAACUUCGCCGCUGGCCCUGCACAGCUCCAGGUCCUGGACAGAGGGUCAACACCAACACUUCAGUGUGAUCCAGUCCACUGGCCUGGCUGCCAAUUCAAAGCCCCUGGCGCUCCUCACUCAACCUCGUAGGGAGUCUUCACCUUCCUCCUCCCCCAUAGCCCUCACCACAUCUCCAAAGGCACUCUGCAGCACUGGCUCUCCCAAACUUCCCAAACUGUUGCCCUCCUCCUCCCCCCAACACCUGCCCCUCUCCCUCUGCUCCUCCCCUAAGCCUCUCUCUGUCCCCUCUCCACCCCGCUCGACUCUCCCACCGUCUACCUCCCCAAAACCUUAUGGUUUGACCUCAUCUGUGACAAGCACCCAGAAGUCCUCGCCAAAGCCAUCUCGGCGCGCUGUUCCUGGCUCUGCUAAACCCAACAAAAGGAAACAGCUGGAAACUUCACUUGCGCAGAUCAAUGAGUUCAGGCUCAAACAGACUCUCAUGUCCCAAGGGCAGACGUUCCCAGCUGAGCUAAAGAAGCAGCAGCAGGGGCCAAACAAGUCUCCCAAGAGGAGGUCUCUGUCUUCAUCGCCAUUGCCACCCGCUCCGCCUCCUCCACCCCAGAACAAUCACUCCAACCUCUUCCUCUCGAGUGCCCUGCUGGGGCUUCCCGAACCUCACCACCCCAAUGGAGUCAUCCAAAGCACCACUCAGGACGCACCUUUGGCCCUCAUCACCAAACCUCGCAAAGACUCUGCCUCUCAAGGCAAGUCACCUCAGUGCGACUCUGAUGCUGGGUCGAUGCCUGUCAAUCUGAGCACAGGGGCGAGCAGGACCCAAGCAACUGCCCAGGCUGGGGCUCCGACACAGUCCCCCACUACCUCACCCCAUGCCACAGGCCAUGGAUCCAGAAAGAACAAGACCCCGAAGGUUAAGGGACAGACACCAGGGCUGGGACAGGGACAAGCAGAUCCCUUAGCUACCUGGAAGGGCCUCUCUCAGAACCACCUAGUACAGUCUCUAGUAGAUUUGUUUCGUGGAGGAGAGUCCGGGAUUGGCAUUCCUGGAGUUAGUAUCCCUGGAGUAGGAAUUCCUGGAGUAGGGAUCCCUGGGACAUGCAAUCCCACAGCUGGUCUACCGGCUAACAAGGAAUCUGAUGACUCGGGAGACGAUGAUGAUGAUGAGGAUGAUGACCUUGAGGAGGAGGAGGAUGAAGAGGACUCAGAUGAUAGUCUGUCAGAGUCUGACAGCAACUCAGACAGCGACAUCUCUGGAAAGAAAGUGAAGGAGUUAAAGCUGCUGCCGUCUGGUUCAUCUAAGAAGGAGAUGACUCCCCACAGGCUAACCAAAGGCCCAGAACUACUGAACACCUCAACCAAUCACACCGCCACCAGCUGCUCCCCUCUCAACCUACAGGUCAUCAAGACUCCCACCAAUGUCACCAGCUCCAGUGCCUUGGCCUAUCAAAGCUCUCCAGGCUCUUCCUCUUACAGCCUAGCCUCUCCAUUGGGCUUAGGGAAGAGGAAGAGGGUGAUGGAUGAGAAGGAGUUGAUGACACCUCUGGAGUUGGGGUGGCGGAGAGAAACGAGAAUCAAACCCGUGGCUGGCCGGUCGCAGGGCGAGGUGGCCUACUAUGCCCCGUGUGGCAAGAAACUAAGGCAGUACCCGGAUGUGAUGAAGUAUCUAUCCAGAAAUGGAAUAAGUGGCAUCACGCGCGAUAAUUUUAGCUUCAGUGCAAAGAUAAGGGUUGGUGACUUCUAUGAAGCCAGAGAAGGACCCCAGGGUUUACAGUGGACCCUGUUGAAGGAAGAGGAGGUCAUUCCUCGUAUUUUGGCGAUGGAAGGUCGGAGGGGUCGCCCCCCUAAUUCAGACCGUCAGUUAGCGGGUGAAGGUGCCAAAGGCAACCGACGGAGGAAGGGACGGCCCCCGAAUGUGGGCAAUCCACUGGUACCCGAGGGGCCCAGUCCCAGUGAGGUCAAACUUCUGCGCAAACUAGAGGCUCAAGAGAUAGCUCGACAGGCUGCCCAAAUGAAACUGAUGAGAAAACUGGAAAAGCAGGCACUGGCACGUGCAGCCAAAGAGGCUCGGAAACAACAAGCUAUCAUGGCAGCAGAGGAGAGAAGAAAGCAGAAAGAGCAGAUCAAGAUUCUCAAGCAGCAGGAAAAGAUCAAGCGUAUUCAGCAGAUUCGGAUGGAGAAGGAACUCAGGGCGCAGCAAAUUUUGGAGGCCAAACGGAAAAAGAAGCAAGAAGCCGCCAAUGCCAAAAUAUUGGAGGCUGAAAAACGCAUAAAGGAGAAAGAGCUGAGGAGACAGCAGGCGGAGAUUCUCAAACACCAGGAGUUGGAGAGGCAUAGACUAGAUAUGGUAUGGGAGAGGGAGAGGAGGAGGCAACAUGUAAUGCUGAUGAAGGCUGUUGAGGCUCGCAAGAAAGCAGAGGAGCGUGAGCGCUUGCGGCAGGAGAAAAGGGACGAGAAGCGCCUGAACAAAGAGCGUAAACUGGAGCAACGGAGGCUGGAGCUGGAGAUAGCGAGGGAGCUGAAGAAGCCAAAUGAAGACAUGUGUCUGUCUGAUCAUAAGCUUCUCCCCAGUUUCUCCCGGAUUCCUGGACUAAUCCUGCCUGGGCGUGCCGUUUCAGACUGCCUGAUGCUGAUGCAGUUUUUGCGGGGUUUUGGGAAAGUUUUGGGGCUUGAUCUGAAUGUGGAUGUUCCCACCCUGGGCAUGUUACAGGAGGGCUUGCUCAAUGUCGGGGACAGCAUGGGCCAGGUUCAAGACCUUCUUGUCAAACUGUUGUCUCUGGCAGUCUGUGAUCCUGGUUUGCCUCCUGGACAAAAGACAAAAACCAUGCUUGGGGACCACUUGACCAACGUUGGCAUUAACAGGGAUAAUGUGUCUGAGGUGCUACAGAUGUACAUGGGAGCUCAUUGUGCCAAUACAGAACUGGCCCCUCUGGCCCUCAGUCUGAAGACCAAGGCUUUUCAGGCCCACACGCCUGCCCAGAAGGCGUCAAUCCUGGGCUUCCUCGCUAACGAGUUGGCCUGCAGCAAAACUGUUAUCAGUGAGAUUGACAAGAGCCUCGAUCAGAUGGCUAACAUGAGGAAGGACAAGAUCAUUAUGGAAGGAAAACUGAAGAAGUUGAGGACUAUUUACGCCAAACGCACUGGGAGGAGGGAGGCCAGUAUGGGUGUGGAAGAGAACCAGUCUGUCUGCACUCCGUCCUCUGCCGCCAAACGCAAGAGGAAACUGGGUGGAGACAGUGACGAUGACGACGACGAAGACGACGACAGUGAUGACCAGGCGGAUGAGGAGGAGGAUGACGAGGAGGAAGAAAUGAAGAAGGUUAAAAAAGUGGAGACAUAUGAUGAGGAUGAAGUUGAUCAAGCCACCAGUAUUGAGGAGCUGGAGAAGCAGAUAGAGAAAUUAGCCAAGCAACAUCAUCAGACCCGAAGAAAGCUCUUUGAAAUAUCCCAUUCUCUGCGCUCCAUGAUGUAUGGCCAGGACCGUUACCGCCGUCGGUACUGGGUACUUCCCCACUGUGGAGGGGUCUUCAUUGAAGCCAUGGAGAGUGGAGAAGCUCCAGAGGAACUGGAGGAGGAGCGACAGAGGAGAAGGAGAGCAGCAGAGGAGGUCAAGGUCAAAGAGGAACCACAGGAGAUCGAAGUGCAGAAGGAGAAGUCCGCCAAUAACCUCGAUGAGCAGAGCCCUCGAUCACACAUCUUGGAGCAACAGAAAGAGGAAGAAAGGGAGCGUGAGGGGAAGAAAAACUCCCCGACCCUUUUCUACCAGCAGCCGGGAUGUGUAUCCAAACUGUGCACAUUCCGGGAUGUCAACAAGGACGUUGGCAAAGAAACUGUGAAUGCAGAGGAAAAGGAGUGUCCCCAUGUGAGACAAAACGGCAGCCCUGAGGGCCCUCCCAUUGCCACAACAACAGUAACAUCAUCCUCCCCCACUCACGAUACCUCUGAGCCGGCAGUAGCAACAACCCCCUCCGUGGUGACCACUAAUGACACUACCAACAUCUCUCCCCCGACCUCAGCUUCUCUGUCUGUCCCGUGCCUGCCAGCCCCACGUGAAAGCCCAGGGAACACUCCUCCAACCUCAUCCCCUGCUCCGUCUCCACACCUUGUGUUCCAACCCAAUGACCAGCUACUCAGAGUCCUGACAGAGAGGAGUGGACACUGGUUCAGUCUGCUCCCUCGCAACCCCUGUGACCUCGUUUCCAUCACCACAACUCCACCAGGAGCGCCCCGUGUGUCUCCCCAGGCGUCCUCAACCCCAGGCAGGCCCAGAUCCCCACCUCAGUCCCCUGCCCUGCCUCUCACCCCUUCUGCUGCUUCAGCCUCUGGCAGCCCGCACCACCCAGCUGGCCUCCUCAACUACCCACUCUCAGCCCUGCAGGUGAAGUCAGGCGGUUCGUUACUAGGAGUUUCUUUCGGAAACUGGCCCAGUGGCAUGAUGAGUCCCAGCCUGCCUCUGUGCAACAGCCCCAGUCCCAUGCCAGGUCACUCUCUGGAGGGCAACACGGCAGCAAGUGUCUCCAGCAAGAGUGAAUCACCUUUACCUCGCAUUGAGAAAACCUCAUUCAUGCCGUCUCCCACCCUGGAGAUGCCCAAAUCCCUGGACCACCCCAUACCUCGGCCUAUUCCAGAGGAGAUGCUGACAGGGUGGUGGCGGGUGUCUGACAUUGAGGAGCUGAGGGCUCUAGUCAAUGCGCUACACAGCCGAGGCAUCAGAGAAAAGGGCCUUCAGAGGCAGAUUCAGAAAUACUUGGAGAUUAUCCCCCAGGUCUGCACCAAACAUAAAGAUGUGGCCAUGAUUGAGCUGCGUGAGCUGGAGGAGAGUCAGGUCAGUGUUGAGUCGGUGCGGGGCUGGUGUGUUGAGGAACAGGCGAUGGAGAUGGACAUUGCAGUGCUGCAGCAGGUAGAGGAACUGGAGAGGAAGGUUACUGCAGCCAGCCUCCAGGUUAAGGGUUGGACAUUUCCGGACCCUCAGUCUGAGAGAGAGGACCUGGUGUACUAUGAGCACAAACCCCCCACCAAGUCAACGCCAGCGUCAGCCAAUUCAGCAGACAAGGAGUCCAAGGAGCAUCCGGAGGAGAGGGGAGAGAAGGGCGGGGUGAUGCGUCACCCGGACAACCCCCUGGACAUAGCAGUGACACGUCUGGCUGAUCUGGAGCGCAACAUCGAGAGAAGGUACCUGAGGAGCCCCUUAGGUACCACCAUUCAGAUCAGGCUGGAUAAUGUGGGUACGGUCACUGUCCCUGCCCCCGCCCCAUCCACUAGUGCUGACAGGGAAGGUGGUGAGGAGGAGGUGGCCCACGGUAUGAAGGUGUGGAGGAAGGCCUUGACCGAAGUGCGCAGCGCAGCCCAGUUGGCCAUGUGCAUCCAGCAACUGCAGAAGUCUAUCGCCUGGGAGAGGUCCAUCAUGAAAGUGUACUGUCAGAUGUGCAGGAAGGGGGAUAACGAGGAUCUCCUCCUGCUGUGUGAUGGCUGUGAUAAAGGCUGCCACACUUACUGUCACAAACCCAAGAUCACCAGUAUCCCAGAGGGAGACUGGUACUGCCCGGCCUGCAUAUCCAAGGCAAGUGGUCCGUCCCCCAAAAGCAAAAAACCUCCAAACAAACAAGUAGCAUCCAGCGGAGGAGGUGGGAAGAAAGGCGGAGAGGCGAAGAAGAGCGGCAAGCAGGCGGGUAAUGGGGAAGUGUCGGAGGACGACCCGGGCAGCGCCAGCAGCACGCCCAAGAAAGGAGCAAAAGAUAUCAACAGGAAGAGAAAAACAGAGGAGAGCUCACCUGCUCUGCCAGCAGCCAGUCAGGAGAGCCCUGUGUGCGUGAAGCGAGCCAAGACAGCUAGAGACAACAACCGAGACCUGGGAUUAUGCAGGGUACUCCUUGCUGAGUUGGAACGGCAUCAGGAUGCAUGGCCUUUUCUCACACCUGUCAACCUGAAAUCAGUCCCUGGCUACAGGAAGGUCAUCAAGAAACCGAUGGACUUCUCCACCAUACGUGAGAAGCUUGUGAGCAGCCAGUAUCAAAACCUGGAGACUUUCAUCAUUGAUGUCAACUUGGUCUUUGAUAACUGUGAAAAAUUCAAUGAAGACAAUUCAGACAUUGGUCGAGCUGGUCAUAACAUGAGGAAGUUCUUUGAGAAGCGCUGGACUGAGCUUCUGAAACAAACAAACUAAACGUUUGUUCAGAUCCUCCCCAUAAACCCAUUCAACUUUUCACGUCGGAGCACCAGGUCUUACUUUUAUCCGUGUUUUCUGAUAUGAGAAUGUGGCUUUGCAGGAUGGAAGAAGUCGUCAAAUCCUUAAUAAGGAAGCCGUGGUGGGCUGAAGAGCGAUGUCACCUUGGAAAAAAACAAAAAACAAAACAAAACAAAAAAACAAAAAAGUUGUUACACGAUGUGCGCUGGAUUUUAUUACAACAGGGAUAAAAGCCCCAAAGAGUCCCAGAGAAAUGGGGUGUCGUAGUGCAAUACCAUUCCCUGUCUCAGAACACUGCACUGAAUUAAUCCUCAACUGUCACUGAUGUGUCUGCGCUAGAAUACUUUCCACUACCUGUAAAUAGUCUUUUGUUAUUUAAUCGUAUUAUAGUGAAUGUAUUUAAUUUUGUAAUAAUUAUUUAUGAAUCAAGGUCCACUUCAUUUUCUAUGAAAAGGAAGAAUCAGCUGAACUGCUUUGAAUUAAAAAAAAAAGGAAUGUGUCUUUGUGUUAUAAUUUUUCUCCCAAAUAUCAAACAAAGCCAAGAAAAAAAAAAAAAAACUGUUUACACUGUUCAGUGCUUUGGGGCAUCAGAGGACUGUAUUCAUUUGUUCAAACUGUAAAACUGCAUUUAUUUACAGGAGCGGCAGAGGAACAGUUAGACAAUGGUGAUUCAUGUGUAUAUACUGUUUAUUAAUGUCAAUAUUACGUCUUGUUUGGAACGAUGUGUAAAAAUUGUUUAAGAAUAUUAAGAUAUUGUUUAUGCCUUAGAAUGAUUGUAGCAUUCUAUUUUAGUGAACGUGAUGAAAACAUUAUCAUAAAUAUUGUUUGUACAGUAUAUACAUAAUCCUCUGCAAACACUGUGGUAUCCUUAAUCUUGGUAGUGCCUACCCUUCCAACAGGGGCAUGUAGGGGAUGUUUUUGUUUUUAGUUUUCAUUCUUAUGACAGCAUUAUUUUUUUAUAUGAUUUCAAUCCAACAAGGCCUCCAAAGUUGGACAGUGACACAGAAAUCAUUCCUCACCAUAAAAGAAAAGGAAAAAAAAAAAAAAAAAAGGAACAACAAGCAUUCAGUUAUGCUUCCACGACGCAUUUCCUCGUAAUCUGCCACAAUACAGAGGACCUAAGGCCAUUUGUAACCACUGUGUUGAACCUUGCUGUGUGUUGUGGCCUGAUGGAGGCAGCUAGAUUUUUUUGUACCCAAGUCAAGAGUACUUGAAGUUAUUUUAUUUAAGAUAUUGUGGAAGAAAAGUAUCAUUCUUUUGUAGAACUUUAUUUUUCACUAGUGUGUGGCACGGACCUAUUAAAAGGAUGUUUUUCAACGUAAA